UUAGCAACGAUGUAAAUAACACGUUUGGAGUAUCGAUCCCACGAGACGACGUGCGUGUAUUAUUGUGUUAUGACCGAAUACAUUGCAUUCUGUUCCGGUAGACACCUUUAAAGAAGCAUCGCCAGAGGCAAGAGGUCUGCGAUACUGAACUGGGUUGAUCGAUCUACUUUCGAACGUGGCGGAACAAAAUAUGGCGGCAACCGGCCGUCAUGAACCAGCUGCUAGAGACUUACUUCCCCGGUACCCACAACCUUUUUCGGUGAUUAGCGAGCAUUGGCAGGACCAACUUCAUGUGCACGACAACACAGGCGAUGAUCUCUUCAGUUUCGGACCUGUUUAUGACGAGAAUAUGUUCAAACUGAUCCAUAAGCAUCUAGAAUUGGACACGCACGAUCGAUUUGCUUAUGUUGGAGCGAGCAAAGGUUCUUACGCUGCAAAAAUCAAAGAAAAAUUCUGCCUAUUGCAGCCAAUUGUGGAAAUAUACCCCGGGACAAUUCUUUAUGAAGAAACACCAAACCAGCGACGAAUGAUCCCAUUUAAGGUUGAUCAAGUUGGCGCAGAGCAGUAUUUUCGAGAGCUCUCUGAAGGAUUGACCGAAGGCAAAGAACCGCCUUUUGAUAAGAUCAUUCUGCACGGCGCGUUCGAAUAUUUCUCUUCCCCGAAAACGACAUUUGCGCAUAUUAUGCGCACGCUGACAAAACAUGGAAAGUUGUUGAUAUUACACAGGCCAGCGCCAAUGAGUACUUUACCAUUUUUUACUGAGGCAAAUAAAAGGUUCGUUGAAGAGGAUAGUAACGAUCCGUACCUGAAGAUUUUAAGAAGUUUGCAGUCACAGAGAGUUGACGUCAAAUGGGACAUUGAGGUUCUACCGAUCGUUAUGCCGAAAGUGAAAUGGCUCGCGAUGCUAAACAAAAAGUUUCCACCGCAAAUGGAGAUAAUUAGUAACUUUGAAAUCCUAACAGGGGUCCGUGAACUAACGGAAGGUAUGCUUAAAUAUCAAGGAGAAAUGGUCGAGUUCUUUGAUCGGCUGAUGUUUAUAGCCGUAUCGCUCCCUUACGGCACUGGCGGCUACCCGAGCAUUCAGCGACAUGGUUCGUCAGAAACUAAGCCUUACCCCGGAUUGGUAGAUUUGAAGUACAGCUUGGAAAUUACGCCAGAUAUUCAAAAGCAUAUCCGAGAUAUUCAGAACAAUAAAAAAUUCAAGCAGAACAGUAUUUUUUGAUGACGUAUUAUAAGAUUGAACGAAUAGUGCGAGUACGAGAACAAGCUGCAAUGAAAAAUAGACCUACCAAGUAAUAUAGCCUGAAUGUUAGCUGCCUUAGGUUUUGAAGGGAACCCGGCGGAAGAAGCCCGACAUGAAACUCUUUACUGUUAUUAGGCAGACAUGAUGUGCAAAUUUCACUGUGAUAUUGAAUAUUUAAUAAUAAGAAUAACAAUAGUGUAAUAAUAAUAAUAAUAAUGCCUAAUAAAUAAUGGUAACACUAAAAUCAAUAUUAGUAAUUAUAAUUGUAAUAUUUUAUUUAUAAUACAAAUAAUUAUAGCUGUUAUUUUAUUAUAAAAUUUAUUUUGUAAGAAUGCAUUGUGUAUAUACUAGUAUAUACCUACAUUAAAAUUGUACCAAUUUACACAGGCUUAUUAUUAUUUAUUAUUAGGUAACAUAGGUCCCCCUUUCGCCCCCCCCCCCUGGACAUCUCUGUGGUGCAAGUGGUGUUCACUUAAAAGAGAGGCCUACACUGAUGUGCUAGCAAGGCAAUUAAACAGAAGGACGCACAUCUCGGGACAUCAAAGGUUAU